AUUCCCAAGCUUUGGUGUAUAAACAUUAACCACGUGCUCCUCCUACAACGAGACUUCCCGUUCCGGUGAUCACGUGUCCCUAGACAUCCGGUCUCAGUGCCGGAAGCAGCUGGUUCGGGUCGCCACUUGGCUCAGGAUUAGUCCAGAUUCAUCAGUCGGGGAGAGAGAUGACGGGGAAUGGAGCGAACGACCCGAGGAGACCGGGGAAAAUACACCGGUAUAAAGCCCCAACCACAGAGAGCUCUCCAACUCAAGACGAUCCUACGCCUGAUUAUAUGAACCUGCUGGGGAUGAUAUUCAGUAUGUGUGGUCUCAUGCUUAAGCUGAAGUGGUGUGCAUGGAUUGCAGUUUAUUGCUCCUUUAUCAGCUUCGCCAAUUCUCGCAGCUCUGAAGACACCAAGCAAAUGAUGAGCAGCUUUAUGUUAUCCAUCUCUGCUGUGGUAAUGUCUUAUCUACAGAACCCACAGCCCAUGUCGCCUCCCUGGUAGCACCGACUAUUCCAUCCUGGCCUGGAGAAUCUCUUUAUACUGUCUGUCAUCCCCUGUAGCCCCCAGGUUUGGGGUGUCUUUCUCAAUAAAUAGACUGGUUUUGGAGAUAUUUGCAUCUGUAAAAGAGUCUUUGCUGCCCUGUCUGUACCCAAGUAGUGCUUUUGGGUUCUGUGUUGUCAAUGCAGUAACAAGCGUGGCCAUCUGCAAAUAGGAUCAACGGGAAUACAUUAACCGAGUAGAAUCUGUCACCUGGCAUACUCUAACUUUAGUGUCAGAUCCUACAUCCAUAGCAGUUAAAAUUGAAACCAAAAAAAAAUGUUAAUUUACUCAUUGAUUCAUUACAUUUUCUAUUAAUAGUGGUUUCUGAGAUAUUUAAAUUUUUAGACUUCUAGUACAAGUAUGGGAUCCAUUAUCUGGAAACCCGUCAUCCAGAAAACUCAGAAUUACGGAAAGGCCAUCUCCCAUAGACUCGAUUCUAAUAAAAAAAUUAAAAUUGGUGGUUUCGAGAUUCUGAGCUGUUACAAUUGCUGCAUUAGUUGAUACAUUUCUCAGCAGCGUCUCUGGAGUAUUAGCAACUAUUGUAUCAAUUGUAACAGCUGCCUGUAAUGAAACUCGGCGAUUCUGCUCAGCAAGGACAAAGAUAAGAAAUGUAUCAACUAAAUGUAUCAAUUUAGAACAGUUUACAGGGUCAGUGACCCCCCUCCCAGAGCUGCUUGAGAAUCUCAUCUCUCCCAACUGUAUUUCGUGAGAUGGUGGUGGCCUCAUUAAAUGCUGGUGGUCAAAGCCUCCUAUUAAUUGUGUCCCUCUUUCAAUAUUUUAGUGCUGGGAAGUAUGCCAUCUGCAUAGGGAUUACCAUAUAUUUAUAAAACAUUAACAUAUUCUGCAGCAUUGAAUAUAAAUGGGUGUGUACAAUAAAGUGAUUCUGACACUAAAAAAAAACUACAAUUCAAAAUAUUAAUGUAUAUUAACUUUUAGUAUGCUGUAGAGAUAUUCUGAAACAAUUUGCAGUUCGUUUUCACUUUU